ACAGAGAUGACAGUUCUACACUAACAAAGCAGGAACUUAAAUUCAUAGGUAUUUAUAACAACAAUGAUGUAGCAGCAUCCUUUCCAAAUGUAAUAUCUGGCUCAGGAUCUAGUACUCCUGUCUCCAGCUCUCAUUUACCUCAGCAAUCUUCUGGGCAUUUGCAGCAGGUGGGAGCGCUUUCCCCCUCAGCUGCAUCGUCUGUACCCCCUGCAGCUGCUACAACUCAAGCAAAUACCCUGUCCGGAUCUUCUCUUAGUCAGGGACCAUCUCAUAUGUAUAGCAACAGAUUAAAUCCAACUCCAUCAAUGGCCACGCUCAUAGCACAGUCUGAAAACAAUCAAACAGAUCAAGAUCUUGGAGACAAUGGCCGCAGCAUAGCUGGCCGAGGAAGCUCACCCCGGGGAAGUCUCUCACCACGAUCCCCUGUAAGCAGUUUACAGAUUCGCUAUGAUCAACCAGGCAACAGCAGUUUGGAAAAUCUGCCUCCAGUAGCAGCCAGUAUAGAACAGCUUUUGGAGAGGCAGUGGAGUGAAGGACAGCAAUUUUUAUUAGAACAGGGUACUCCUAGUGACAUUUUAGGAAUGCUGAAAUCAUUACACCAACUUCAAGUUGAAAAUCGAAGAUUAGAGGAGCAAAUUAAAAACUUGACUGCCAAAAAGGAACGUCUUCAGUUAUUGAAUGCACAGCUUUCAGUGCCUUUCCCAACAAUAACAACAAAUCCCAGUCCAUCUCAUCAAAUACAUGCAUUUUCAACACAGACUGCUCCUACUACUGAUUCCUUGAACAGCAGUAAGAGCCCACAUAUAGGAAACAACUAUUUACCAGACAAUUCCCUCCCUGUGUUAAAUCAGGACCUAACCUCCAGUGGACAGAGCACCAGCAGUUCCUCUGCUCUUUCUACUCCUCCUCCUGCUGGGCAGAGUCCAGCCCAGCAAGGCUCAGGAGUUAGUGGAGUUCAGCAGGUCAAUGGCGUGACAGUAGGAGCGCUAGCUAGUGGAAUGCAGACUGUAACAUCUACCAUUCCUGCUGUGUCUGCAGUGGGUGGAAUAAUUGGAGCUUUGCCAGGUAACCAACUGGCAAUUAAUGGCAUUGUAGGAGCUUUAAAUGGGGUUAUUCAGACCCCUGUCACAAUAUCCCAGAACCCUGCUCCGCUCACCCACACAACUGUGCCGCCUAACGCAACACAUCCAAUGCCGGCUACACUGACUAACAGUGCCUCAGGAUUGGGAUUACUUUCUGACCAGCAAAGGCAAAUGCUUAUUCAUCAACAGCAGUUUCAGCAGUUGUUAAAUUCUCAACAGCUCACACCAGAACAGCACCAGGCCUUUCUGUACCAGCUGAUGCAGCAGCACCACCCGCCAGAGCUCCAGCAGCUGCAGCUUCCCAUCAACAACCUUCUCACAGGCACUCAGCCGCCCCCGCUCCACACAGCCUCCACCAACCCCUUCCUCACCAUCCAUGGGGACAGUGCGGGUCAGAAAGUCACAAGACUUAGUGAUAAGGCGGGGCCUGUGGCUCAAGAGAAGAGUUGACACUUGGGAAGGAUCUAAAAAUUGCCUGUCCUGCUGUUCUGGUACUUCACUUCCCUGGCUGCUCCUGCAGUUUUACCACAGCUACGAAGAAAUGCAACAAGAAUCCGCACAACAGAGGACAGCCAGGAGGAUACUCUUGUAAGGCUUUGAUUCAUGUUCUUGUUGCUUUGUUGCACUGAAAUGGAAUUCUCACCCCCUACCCAAAGUGUUUGAACUUUUAAAGAAAAUUUAAUAAUUAACUUUUGUCAGUGAUAUAAUUUACAUGCAAUGAGUUUAUUAAACCAAGAAAACUUUAAUGUAGUUGGUGCACAACUAGUUUUGUAACAAAUUAGAGAUAUGAACAGCAAAACUAAAGACUUACUCCAUUUACGAACUACUCAGUUUUGUGCAAGCUGGAAUAUGAAAUAUGAUCUUAUAUACAAUAUGCUCGCUCUUGUGAGUCAGAUCCUAAAUUCAAGGAACUGUCCAGUUUCUUCUCCUGGGGUUUUAUUCAUUGCCAUUAUAUUAAUCAUCAACUUGGACUUUGCAAACUUUGUUUAAAAAAUUUCCUUUCUAACAAAAUUUGGCCAGUUUUGGUAAUCAAGUUAGUACGGAAAUGUCUACUUCUGCUAAAGGUGAUUUUUCUUCCGCUAAAUGCUUUUUCUUUAUUGUUAUGACCUACUCAUGUUUUAAAGAGACUUUGAGUUAAGUGAGUUCUAAGGCUGCUGGGGGAACCAGAUCAAUUCAAAGUGAUAGAUUUCUUUUGAGAGGCCGCUCUGGAAACUGCUGGUAGGGCCUGGCCUUAACUAAGUGCCUGUUUAGGACCUCCCUGGGUUGAAGCGGCUCUAAAUAGCAGAGCCCCAGCUAGUCAAUCCUCAUAAGUGGCAAGAAGAGGCUGCUCACACCAGUGGCCUUCUGCAUGCUUCUGCCCUUGUUGAAAAUUUCCUAUGCCACUGUAGAUAGCUCAGGCGAAACUACUACCUGGGUGUUUGUCCACUAAUGAGUCACAAGAAAAUGAGGGGAUUUGCUAACAGUCUAUAUUUGUUUUAUUUAAACAAUUUCCAUUUCUGACCAUUCAAACAAAGACAGCCCGGCCACUACAGUUCCUGAAUGGGCAAAACCCAUGCUCUUGAUAUGACAAAAAGUCAGAGUAAGAAAAAAUUGGGGAUAUAAUCAUUGAUCUGUUCUUAAAUGUGUGAAUUAUUAGUGGAAAAGACCCAGCUGUAAUUAGACCUCCACUGUGUAUUUAGCUGGAAGAACAUGUUGAUUCUGCAAUAUGUCUCUUGGUUAAACAUUGCACAGUUCUUACCUCAUUUCUGUAAAUAAGGUUUUGUGAAUCUGUUUUGUAUUGUGAAAAUUCAUAAGAUAACACUGAUAUUUUGAUUUGUAAUAUUUCUAAUUGGUAGAUUUAAUUGAAAAGUAAAAUUAAUUUAUUUUUAUAUGUUCAGGGAAAUUUUAAAGUCAGACCUUUUGUAGAUAAUUUAAAAAACCAGUGUGGUUUAUUUUACUUAUUUAACCCACUGGUUAUUAUUCUGUAACAAUUUGUAUAAAUGGUAAAUUUUGAAUGUGUUGAUAUUUUACCUAGAUGUAAAAUUCCACAUGUAUUAAAAUGUACAAAGUUUUUGUUAAUAAAAUUUAAUAAUGUU